GUCCCCGGGCCACAUUUCCCAGCAAAGCCUGGGAGGUGCCAGGACUGUUCUUGCCAGUGCUGCUCUGCUCCACUGGAGCUGCUCUGCCAGCAGGAGAAGGCCAGGGGAACCUGUGAGAGCGUGUGAGACAUUGCUUGCCAAGAGGCAAGGAGCAGGAGCAAGGGAGUAAGCACCGCUUCCCCAGCUGCUGCACAGCAUGGUGGCUGGGGUGUUCAGAUACCUGCUCUUCAAACCCUUGGAUCCCAAGCAGCUUUCCUUACUGAAGGAACUUAGCACCUUGGAAAUCUGCAGAGUGUGGGAAACCACAUCCAAGUACAUCCAGGGACAGCUGCUGGAGAAGAGGGCGGUGGAUAUUGGAAUUGGGAGCUUUGCAGUUGUGUCAGCUCGUGCUGCUGCUGGAGAGGAUGGGGUUCUGGUUGUGGAUAAACCCAUUUUCCAGCUGAACCAACACGUCCAGGAAUUUUACGAGAUCAAGGAGCCUAAAACCAAAAUUCCUUCUGAGAUGUUCGAGUAUCCACUGGACUUUCAGGAGAUUGCUAAAAACAGCUACUUCCGCGUGCCAAUCGUAGAGCGCUGCAUCCAUGAGACCUUGCUCUUCUUUGCUGAGGCCAUCCGAGGAAAGAAGGAAGUUGACUUCUUCUUCAAGAGACUUGGCAUUCUUUCUCUGAGAGGGCAGGAGGUCAUCAUGAACUUCUUUGAUGACUGCGUACUGCAGCUGGAUGCCACGGGCAACAUGCUGCCUGCUCUUCUUGGGGACCCUGAGAUGAUGAAUAUGAUUGCGUUUAAAGGCAAAAACAAAUUUACUCGACGCAGUGAGGAUGGCUGCAUCAUCAUACCAAAGAUUGGAGUUGAGGGCUCAAAGACCAGCCGAGAAAUUACUUCCCUCAAGCCCCGAAGAGAGUCUCAGCCGUGGGGCGGGGGUGCCCGAAGAGUGAGCGUGUAUGAUCCGGUGGUGCUGGCUCGGCGCAGGGCAUCUCAAGCUGUGAGGGAAGAGAGAAAACAAAAGGAGCAGGAGAAGAAAAAGCAAGGAGUAAGAGUCAGGUUCCUGUCACAACUUGAGCAGGCGCAUGCUGAAGACCUGAAACAACUAAAACCUCCAGACCAGCCAAAGCCCUCUGCCAGUGCCAAGCAGCCCUCCAGAAUGGCAGCGCGCUUGAUGCGUGCUCAGAUUGAAGAGAAACGGCUCCAGGUGCUGAUGGCCUCCAAGCGCAAGGAGGUAGAAGCUGAAAUCCAGCGCCAGUACCAAGAGUGCACACACAGGCUGAGCUCGGAGAGAAGCCAGUACCCCUUCCACCGCCUGCUGGAGGGUGACCCUCGUCCUUCCUACAUCGUGAGAAGGGAGUAUGACCAGCAGCUGGGAGAGAGGCUGAAGGGGAAGGACGGGUGCCAAAGCCCUGCAGGACAGACAGCACCAAAGGGGUGGCAGAACAAGCCACAGCUCCCGGGGACAUCACGGGAACAGAAAGGAGAGAAAAUGAGGCUCUUGGACCACCAUGGGGAGACCCAGGGCCUGUGAGGCAGCUUCCAGCUGCAGCAGCCGUAGCCAUCCCAGCCUACACCAAAACUCUGCUUCAGGCGCCAGCGACUGCACCCAGGCGCACUCAGGCAGAACCUCCCGCUGCUGCAUGCUGCCACCUUUGUAGGGGGAGAGCUGUCAGCAGCGGGGGCGAGGGGCAUCUUCAGAAAAGUAACUUAACAUCUUCAAACAAUUAAAGAGAAAUUCACAAC